UCAUGACUGGCCAAUGUUGUUCCAGCUCACGCGGGCUGGCGGAGAAAAACACGCUGCGAACGAGUGAAGAUCGUCACCAUGGCGACAGCUAUAUAUCUCGAACAUUAUCUCGAUAGCAUUGAAAACCUGCCCUGUGAGCUCCAGAGAAACUUCACACUCAUGAGGGAACUGGACAACAGAGCCGAGGAAAAGAAAUGUGAAAUCGAUAAGCUCGCAGAAGAAUACAUUAAAACCGUCCGGAAUCUGGCUCCGGAUCAGAGAGUGGAGCACCUGCAGAAGAUCCAGAACGGAUUCAGCAAAUGCAAAGAAUACAGCGACGACAAAGUGCAGCUCGCCAUGCAGACGUACGAGAUGGUGGAUAAACACAUCCGAAGGCUGGAUGCCGAUCUCGCUCGCUUUGAGAAUGAGCUGAAGGAAAAGUUGGACGUCAGCGGCUACGAAAGUCCAGACAACAGAGCGGCCAAGAAGGUAGGCGGUCGAGGAAGCCUGAAGGAAAAACGACGGCCGAAAGGAAGAGGACGGAAAUCUUCAGACGACGACUCGCCGCGGAAAAAGAAAAUGAAGAGCAGCCCUGAGUUCUCUGAAUCCAUCCUUCCAGUUCAUCCGUCAGACGUCUUAGACAUGCCUGUUGACCCCAACGAGCCCACGUACUGUCUGUGCCACCAAGUGUCAUACGGAGAAAUGAUCGGAUGCGACAACCCAGAUUGUCCCAUUGAGUGGUUUCACUUCUCCUGCGUGGAUCUGACAACGAAACCCAAAGGGAAAUGGUUCUGUCCACGAUGCACCCAGGAUCGGAAGAAAAAAUGAUUGAUUACAUUUCUAUAUGAAUAUAUAUACACGGUUUCAC